AAUGACGUCAUAAAUUCCGAGGAGUACUGAAUUUUCGUAAAAUUAUAAAAUGUAUAGACUGUUAGUACUGAUUUUGUCGGUUCUAACGAUUAAAAGUCAAAUUGCUGUAAAAGAUGUUACAAAGAAGGCUUUUGGGAAUAUUGAAUCGGCGACAAUCGCCGCUUUUGGUGAUAUUAAUGCGGAUAGAUUCACAGAUAUAUUAGUCAUAACAAGCGAAGGAAGAAUAGAUGUGCUCCUUAGUAAUAAGAAGGAGGGAUUUUCUAGAUCUACAUUCUUAAAGGGAUCUUCAACGAGUGAAAUAUACGGAAUUAUUCCAACUGAUUUCAAUGGAGAUGGACAAAUGGAUGUUCUGGUCACCUAUAAAGCUGGGAAAAAACUAUUUAACGCAGGUGUUCAUUUUGGAAUACCUGGAGAAACGUCUGUUGAACCCCAUAUACAUUGGCUGACGGUUGAUUCAAAUCUAGCAGAUUUAAAAGAUGAACCAUUUUUAUUCGAUGUAAACUUUGACAUGUAUCCAGAUUUGUUGGCGGAGACUAAAAAUGAUAGAAUAAUAUGGAAGAUUGACAAACCACUUAAUAACAAUUUUACCGCCACUAUUAAAAAUAGAACAGAACAUCGUUUAAUUGUUCCUCAUUCUUCUGCUUUUCUAGAUUUAGGACAUGAUUCAUCUGCAGAUUAUGUAUUGACAACCGUCAACAAGGAUGAUAUUCCAGUUUUCGAAUAUUAUCUCAGUGGUAAAGAAGAGCCGCAAGAAAUAACUGCUGAUAUAAAAGGGGCCAAAGUCUAUGGUCAAUCUUCAUUUACUGAUUUAAAUCAGAAUACUUUUGCAAAUCAUAUAUUACCUGUUUGUAUGGAUUACGAAUGUAAAGAUAGUCAAAUAUGGGUUUAUCUUAAUGAAACAAUUGGGAAACAAAAAUGGUUUAGAGCAUCUGAACCUUUCUAUAAUAAACAUAACAAAGCGACUUGGGGCUUUAAUAAUAACAAAUACGGUAUUAAAUUAAGAAUGGGAGAUUUUGAUUCAGAUGGAUACCAGGAUGCUUUGGUUGUAUUAAAAAGAGUGGACGAAAAUGAAUCGCAAUAUGUUGAAUCUCGUGCCUUUAUACUUUAUAAUAGAAAGUGUUCAAAAGCUUUCUGUCAAAAAUUAGAAAGAUAUUUUGAUGUUGAUUGGUCAAGUGGUACGUCCGAAAAUGUGACUUUGGCAACAUUCUUUGAUUAUCAGGAAGAUGGAAAAUUAGAUAUAUUAGUACAAACUGACACCGGCCUUAAGAACGGAAGUCGGUUAAAAUUAUACGAAAGUAAGCUGGACGCUGAUGUUUGCUUUAUGAAGGUCUUAGUUACAAACGGUCUUUGCUACAAGAAUUGUGCGAAUGACAGACCUCCUUACGGAGUGAAUGUACCUGGUCCAGCAAUAAGAUAUGACACUGUCAAUAUAAAUAAUAGGCGUCAAAAAAGUUUCGGUGGACAAUUAUCUCAAUCGGCCCAUAGAGCUCUUCAGUUACCAUAUGUACAUUUUGGUCUUGGUCAAACGCCAAAUUUCCUCGAUAAACUAGUCGUGUCCAUUCCAAGUAAUCUAAAGAGAAAGGAAAAAGUAUUAACAACAGUAAUUCCUAAUUCUCGUAUAAUUAUCAUACCAUAUCCACUUGAUAAACCAUCGUCAUGGACUGAUAAACUGUUUGUUAAUCCUGGUAUUAAAGUAUUAAUUACAGGAGGCUCACUCUUGGGAACUUGCAUCUUUGUUGCCAUUAUUGUAGGACUUUUACAUUGGAAAGAAAGGAGUGACGAUAAAAAAGAAAAAAGACAAGACGCUCACAAAUUUCACUUUGAUGCAAUGUAA